UAAAAGGUCAAAGAAAUGACGACCCAGAGUCACAACGAUCGCGAUUCGGAACUCUUCUGCAUCUCACAGAACGCAGUCAUCGAAGCACCGAGUCAACCGCGCACCUGUUGCGAAUCUUUGAAGAUGGCGUCCAUCCGCCAAUCAAACAAACGUCAGCCGGAUGGUUGCACGACAGAGUCCGUCGCGAAGAGUCACAUCGGUACGGAAAGGCAUCGCAACAAACAGUUAGUAGCAACAACUGGUGUUGUUUCUUCGUCCCGUCCACCUUGCGGUGUCACAUCGUCGGCUACAUCGGUGCAGGCCAAUCGUCGAAAAGAGACGGCUACUAGCAAGAGGGGAUCUCAUCGACGUUCCAGCGCAUCAGUGAGAAAGCCUGCAUGCAAAUCGGAUAGGAAUAAAAGGAGUCAACGUGCAACGAGGGAAUCGAGCGACGAGAGCAAUCAUUACGCUGUCAGCGGAGCUGUGAACACCAAGUUCCAGUUGGUGUACGACGUGAUUCAAUUGGAUCGCGGCAAGGAAAGUCAACUGCAUUCGACAUCGAGUGCAUCGGCCAUCAAUAGCAACGUGAUCGUCACACCCGCAUCGGCCGCUCCUUGUGAUAAACAUCCGCCAGAAUAUUUCGCCCAGUUGCUGCUCGAAAAGCAACAACAGAAGUCAAAACUGAAUCAACUCUGGCCCAAACAUUGGGGAUCUUAUAACGAUCAACCUGAACGGGACUCUCUGGACGGAAAUUUGCCCAGCAGCUCGUUUGAUCCGUCGAAAUCCAGUCGCAGUUUGAAGGAGAAAGAAGCGGAAGCGACAGGCUUGUCCACAUCGAGCAUCGAUACACCGAACUUCAAUCCUCCGCUUUCACCGCGCAGCAUGGCUGGCAAUAAAUCCAUCGCUCCGUCGACCAAAUCCGUCAUGAAGAGCGCCAACUGGAGCAGCGAACGCGAGCCUUUCACUCACCUGUGGGUGUCGCUGAGCUCGAUGUACGGCAAGCUGCUGGUCGUCCUCAUGUUGGCCUUUUGUUUCACCGAAGUUAUGGACAAUUCCAUCGCUCCAUUGACUUUCCAGGGUGUCUUCAUGAUCUACUUGUACGUGGGCAGCAUCGUCGCCAUCAUGUGCAUCUACAUUUCAUUGUUGAUCGACCAAUGCCCUUCGUUAACGAAAUCGCGUGAGAACUUGACAGGUGUUGACGCCGAAACUGGUUCCGUAGGCUCGUUUGACACGCUCAAACGGGCUCACAUUUCUCGCGCUCAGACACCUCGUACUUCGUUCUACCUGCGCGUCGGAGCCCUUGUAUUUGGAUUGGCCACUUUAAUCUUUAACGGCUUGGAGAUCGCCAUGCAUUCUACCAUGGAGGGCAAAUGUGUAGCAGAGAUCGUUUUCGCUCACCCGAUCUUGCAGGCCUUGUUCACCUUCUUGCAAAUGCACUUCUUGUUCGUCAAUUCCGAGGUUUUGGUUGAGAAAUUUGGACUACUGGCCCGCUUUGGUUUCAUGCACCUGAUCGCAACCAACGUGUCCUUGUGGAUCCGCACCGUUGUUUGGGAAUCGGCCAACGAAUGGCUGCAUUAUUUGCAUCACCAACGACUCCAUCAUGGAGCAGGGCUCGGAGCAGAGAUAGGAGCCAUAGCCCAACGGCAGUUCAGCGGACGCAAUGGUGGAUACAUGCCCAACGCCGACUACGCCUAUUUCGACGAUGAAGCCGACUUCCCUGCGGCCAAUAACAUUGACUACAUCACCGCCUCCGUCGGUGGUCCGUCCUCGCUAUCAGCAAAUUGCAACAGCACGUUCGAGUUCAUCACGACGACACACAUUCAGAACAUGGUCGGCCUCUACGAGUGUUUCAACAACAAUACUCUGGGCAAAAUGUGGGCCACUUCGAUGCCUUACCUGUUCCCGUUCUUGGUCGAAUACAAACUUAAAUUGGAACUUCAUUUCAGCCUGAUCGCUGCUGCCGUCGCUUACAUUAUGUGGCGCUCGGUCGGCCAGCUCAAGAAGAACGGCGUCUUCCAGAGCCGCCUUCACAAGCAGCUCACUUCCGUGCCGGAUGAUAUUAACAACACUCUGGAUCCUCAUCGUCCUAAAGGCCACUGGCGUGUCGAUUGCCAAGGUGCCAGCAAAGGUCUUUUCCUUGGCUUGCUCUCGCUUGUUGCCGGUAUCAUCGUCCUCAUCAUCUUUUUCGUCAUGAAAGACAAUGUGGAUUUCCGACCGGACCUAUUCUGGCUAUGCACUGGGACCCAAGUAACGGUUUUAGCUUUGGCUACCGUUUUUAAUGCCAUCGGUUUCGUCCAGCUUCCGAAAUUAUCGCUGUCACUUCACAAACCGCUUCAUUUGGACGUUUUAUUGGCUAACAUCACAACUUAUGGAGUUUUCAUUUACGCCAUUUUCGGCCUGAUUGUUGGUGGCACGAAUUUAUCCGAUCAAAAACACGUGAUGAUCUUUGUGAGCAAUGGCUUGUUGCUUCUCCAAGCUACGAUGCAAGGCAUGUUUAUCGCUGAAGCGAGCAAACGAGUGUGCACGUCGCGUUACCAGAUGCUGUUCAAGCCCGGCAGACAGAUUGUCACGUUCCUUCUGUUCGCCAACAUCACGCUCUGGCUACUCGACACGUUCAUGACGCACAACUGGAUGACACAGGAGCUGCAGUUUUCUUUCUACGGAUUCCUGGCGUGGGGAAUCAUUUCGCGCUUGUCGCUACCUCUCCUCGUCUUCUACCGCUUCCAUAGCGCCGUUGUUCUCAUCGAAAUCUGGAAGAACACUUACAGGACCAAAGACGUCUAAAAGAAUGACGUUGCUUUACAUAGCCGUUUAUCAAGAACAUUUUCUUUUUUCCCUACUCGAUCGUUUUGUUCUCUUACCUCACCGCAACAUCCACAUCGACACAUCUUUUAUGAAGAGUUUUUUGCUACACUGAUGGCGAAAAAUUCUUCAUUUAUUAUUUCAUCUGGCCAUAUUGAUAAUUACCCGCAUCGAUGCAGAUUCUUUUUUCUUAUUGUAACUCCAUUAUCGCUGUUAAUGCUUACUCAACAUUUAUAGAUGACGUUAUAACUAUCGCCGAAUUAGGUUUCUCGAUUGCGUUAAGACUGAAACUUCGCCACGAGGAUGCAAUUCAAAUCAACUGUCGCAGACCUUAUUGUGCGAUACAAAAAAUUGAACAUUAAAGAAAAACAUUUAAACAAUAAUCGACAGAUAAAUGA